GGUGAAGCAGGUCUGUAGGUGUCUGUCUUUCUCUCCCCCUCUGUCUUCUCCUCCUCUCUCCAUUUCUCUCUGUCCUAUCUAACAAUGACGACAACCAUAAAAAAAAAAAAAAGAAAAAAAAUUAAAACACUCAUUCUACACAAGGAAAAAAUAGUCUUUUGUAUAACCAUUAUGCUACCUCUCUGGCACAAAAUGUGGCCUUCCUAAAACCCUGAUCAAAUCAUUUCCCCAAUUUAAACCCUACACCAUUUGUUGAAGAGACUCCCCUUUUCCCAUGUAAUAGUCUGGGCACCUUUGUCAAAGAUUAAAUGUCCACACAUGUGGGUGUUUAUUUCUGGGCUCUCAAUUCUAUUUCACUGUUUAAUGUGUUUGUUCAUGUUCCAGUACCAAGCAGUUUUGAUUACAAUGGCCCUAUAAUACAGUUUGAGAUCUGAGAGUGUGAUGCCUCUAGUUCUGUUCUUUCUUCUCAGGAUAUUUUUGGUAGUUUAAACCCUUAAUAAACUGGUUUUGUUUUGUUAAAAAAAGUCAAGGUUUGUGGAAAUGAUUAAUUUUCUUUUUAAAUUUUUUUUAUUAUCUUUAUUUAGUGGCUAGAGACAGCCAGAAAUCGAGAGGGAAGGGGAUGAUAGAAAUGAAGAGAGACAGACACCUACAGCACCACUUCACCACUUGCAAAGCUUUUCCCCUGCAGGAAAGAGACUGCUGAUCCUGUAACAUGGAGGAUUGCCUUCAUACCUCAUCUGAGAAUCUGUCCAAAUUGGUCAGCUGGGCCCACAGUCAUGGGACCAUUUGCAACCUCAUUCCAAACCUGAAACACUUGCUUUCAGAAGGUUCCCAUGGGAACCUAACAGCAAUGUGGGGUUGCAGUGCCGGUCAUGCGUACCACUGGCCACUGACAGCUACUUGCAGAGCUGGAUCACAAGAAAGAGUCUGUUUCCAGGAUAACAGAAGUUUUAACUCUGAUAGUCCCAGUAUAAUUGGAGUACCCUCUGAGACACAAACUAGUCCUGUUGAAAGAUAUCCUGGGAGACCAGUGAAAGCAAAACUAGACUGUAGUCGAACCAGAGAUUCUUGUGACUUCUCUUAUUGCAGUGAGCCCUCUGAACUAGAUGAAGCUGUUGAAGAAUAUGAAGAUGAAAACACCCUAUUUGACAUGGUUUGUGAGUCUUCUGUUACAGAUGAAGAUAGCGACUUUGAACCUCAAAUGCAAAGGCCUCAAAGCAUUGCUCGAAAAAGACCUGGUAUAGUACCAUCUUCUCUUCAUUCAAGCUCCCAGACUCAGAUGGUUGAUGAAUGCAGCAAUGAUGUCAUCAUUAAGAAAAUCAAACAAGAGAUUCCUGAAGAUUAUUACAUUGUGGCAAAUGCAGAGCUAACUGGAGGCAUAGAUGGGCCAGCUCUGUCAUUGACUCAGAUGGCAAAACCCAAACCUCAGACUCAUGCUGGUCCCUCUUGUGUGGGGUCUGCUAAGCUGAUUCCCCAUGUAACAUCUGCCAUCAGCACAGAGCUAGACCCACAGGGUGUGUCUGUAUCCCCUUCUAUGUUGUCCAGACCAAUUGUCCAGAAGACUGCCAGGGUAUCUCUGGCUUCACCGAAUAGAGGACCUCCUGGUAGUCAUAGCACCAGCCAGCAGGUUACCAUGCAGAUGCCUGUAAGCACAUCCCAUCCUAACAAACAGAUCAGCAUCCCUCUGUCUGCUCUGCAACUGCCUGGACAAGAUGAACAAGUUGCUUCUGAAGAGUUCCUCCCCCAUUUGCCCAGCCAGGUUUCCUCCUGUGAGGUAGCCCUUUCUCCCUCAGUUAACACAGAGCCCGAAGUGAGCUCCAGCCAGCAGCAGUCCUCCAUUGGUCCAACCAUAACCACUGAAGCUACGGCCCAGUGCAUACCAGACCAGGAUGAAAGAGCAGCUGAGCUCAGCAGGGAGCAGAAUGAAAAAACCAUCCGGAGCACUCAGACUGCGCUCCGUAAUUUCCGUGAAUUCCUCAUCUCCAAGUAUCCUUCUGAAACAAGAGAGAUUUAUGUCAUCCCUUGCAAAGAAUUGGAUGCUUACCUUGCCUCUUUCUUUGUGGAUGCCAGGCAAAAGGAUGGGUCUGAAUAUGAACCCAACAGCCUGGCCAAUUACCAAUGUGGGCUUGAACGGUACCUCAAAGAACACAGGUAUGGCUAUAGUAUCACCAGGGAUAAGGAAUUCAAGCGUUCCCAGGAGGCCUUGAAACAGAAGCAAAUUGAACUUCGUUGCAAAGGAAAAGGAAAUAAGCCACACAAGUCCAUGAAGCUCACCUUUGCUGAUGAACUCAUUCUGCGGAAGAGGGGCCUACUAAGCCGCUAUAACCCUGAGGGUCUGCUCAACCUUGUCUGGCUCAACAACACAAAAGCUUUUGGACACUGUACAGGCUUUCAUGGAUCUACUUUGAAGUGGGGUGAUAUCCGCCUUCGGGUAACAGAAACGGGUCUGGAAUACUUGGAGUGGAUGGGUCAAGACACUGGAGACCUGAAUGCAAAAACCAAGAGAGGAGGGACAGACUCCCGUGUGUAUGCCACCCAACAUGCCCCACAGACCUGCCCUGUACAAGACUAUAAGGAAUAUGCCCAGCGGCGACCUCCUGCCAUGCGCUAUGAGGAUGCCCCCUUCUACUUAUCCAUCAAGCCUGUGGUGAACUUAGCAGCUCUGCAUUGGUAUAAUUGCCAAGCCCUCGGCAAGAAUAAACUGGCCAAGAUGGUGAAGACCAUGUGUGAGAAGGGCAACAUCCCUGGCAGGAAAACCAACUUCAGUGUAUAUCAGAGCUGCAGCACCUUGUCUGAGGCCCAGAGCAACCAACUGGUGCUUAUCUGUAACAAUUUGAGCCAGCAGGCUGCCCAGUCAGUAGCUGGGCACUCCAACAGCAGCAAUUUCAUUGUCUCGGCUUCCUAUGACUCUUCUUCAGAUACUGCUUGACCAGGUGGAUUGAGCAAAACCCCGUUUGCUUAUUAUGUCCAGAGAAACUGUGAUUGCUCAGUUUCUCAUACCCUUCCCUCUGCCCUCAGUGUUAACUUUAUAAAAAAAUAAACAUAUAAUCUAUUUUUCUUUAUACAAAUAAGCCAGUUAAAAUAGUUUAGUAUUACUAACUUAGUAUUUAUAGGCUUAAAUCAAAUGUGCUUGUGGAUGAUCAAAUGUAAUUACUGUUAAAAACUUUACAAAAACAUAGUCAUUCUCAGGCAACACAAAAUAGAUAAAUUCCAUUUCUAUUAAAAAAAAACUGUAUAAAAGGAAACAGAGACAGGAAAUUUAAGAUACUGCUUUUCCUUCCCACCUCACCUCUCAUUCUUAGUCUUUUAGUGACUAAGACUUAUUUAUAUUUUUAAAUUUUAUAUUAAUUUGAGGGAGACAGCACUUACUUCACUGCUUACACAAAAUUGUGUACAGUCAGACCCAGAAUAUUAAAGUCUUAAUAUAAGCUUGACAUCAAAUUAUUUGCAUACACUUUUUUAAAGCUUAAUUCUGAUUUUGAAUACUAUGCCUCAUCUGUUGGAAUGUAUGAAAAUCUAGAAAUUUAGCUAUCAUUUUUGUGGAGGGAUGAAAGAGAGGAAGAAAUAAAGGUGCCAUCUUUAGGGGAAGAAAAGGAAGAAAUUAAGGUAUCAUUUUUGGAUGGUACAUGAUUUUAUAAUAACAUGCAAAUAUAAGUACUGUGAGAUAGGGAGGGAAGAGUGUUCUACAGCCCAUUUUUGCUUUUGUGCUUGAGUCUGAAUAGAACUCUUUUUGAGAUGACAGUGUAAAUGAAGCUAAGUGAUAGAUUUGCAAAAAAUUUAAAACUAGGAAUUUUUGACAGUGUUCCCAAGCAUUAGAUUAUAUAUGAGACAGAAGAGGGUAGAGAGAAUAAAUAACUUUUUAACUUAAGAUCUAAAAGUACUAGUCAAGACAACAAAAAACUCAUCCUCUUCAAAGCUCAGAUCCCCUGAAUUGAUCAAUCUCAGUCUCUUUUCCAUAGGGGAUUGCUUGACCCUAUACUUCAUAUCAAAAGAAUAUUGACACUCGUUUUAGGUAACAGUCUUUUAUUACCAGAUUUAGAUUAAUUCAAAGCAUUCUUGAAAAUGUUCAGAGUUUCUUCUACAGUAAAUAUAAUUGUACUUAUCUACUAUAUCCUGCAAUUAUAAUAAUUUUAGUUAAACAGCUCUUUGUGGUGGUUUUUCCAAGGUCUCUAUUUUCCAGUCUUGAUGCCUGUGGUGAAUUAUUAGUUAAGAUACUUCAAAAAUGAAAGAAAUUAUAUAUUAGGAUCACGUUAAAGCUAAGCUGUAUUUCUAUCCUUUUAAUUAUUAACAUAUUAAAAUUGGAUAUUGCUUUGUUAUAUCUGGAUGUUCUUUUUAAUUUUUAUUUCUUUAUUUUAAUGAGAGAGAUAUGGGGGGAGAGUGGGGCACCUAUCAGAGCAUUGCUCAGCUCUGCCUCGUGGUAGUGCUGGAAAUUGAACCUGAGACCUCAGGCAUGAAAAUCUUUUUGCAUAAAAAAACAUGCUAUCUCCCCAGCCCUGGAUGUGGGUUUUUCUACUGGGAAGUGUUUGUUCUUAAAGAAAGGCUUAUAAUUCACAUUAGGAAGGUAGAAGAUACUUGAUGUACUCAUAUAAUGUGUGACCAGGACAAAUUUCAUUUUAAUUUAUGUCAUUUAACUUAAACUCAUCAUAUUAGUUGUGCUUGCCUGUGGCUUGACUACUCUUUCCAACAUAAAUGCAUAAAAACUCAUUCCACUGAACAGUGACCUUUUCUUUAACUAUUGAGUGGUAACUCAUUAUGAGUUUUGUGUGAUGGAAUUAAUUUUGUUUCAUGACUUCCUCCAUUGAGAGGCAGAAGCAAGUAGGAAGGGUGGAAGAUACCUUACUUUUUUUUUUUUAAUCUAAUGAUAGCCACCACUUUUGAGCCAUUAUGCAUGCCAACACUGUAUAAAGUGACUAGCUUGCAUCACUUAUGUACAUGAUAUUUACUCAUUGUAUGAAAGUUAGAAAAUACAGAUAAGCAUAAAGAAAACAUUAAUCUGCUGGUCAAAAAUAACCACUCUUAACAUACUGGAAAAUAUCUCUUCAAUAUUUAUUAUUAUUUAUUUAUUUAUUUUUGCCUCCAGGGUUAUCGCUGGGGCUCGGUGCCUGCACUACGAAUUCACUGCUCCUAGAGGCCAUUUUUCCUAUUUUUGUUGUCCUUGUUGUUGUUACUGUUAUUAUUGUUAUUGCUGUUGUUAUUGUUGGAUAGGACAGAGAGAAAUUGAGAGAGGAAGGGAAGACAGAGAAGGAGAUAGAAAGAUAGAUACCUGUGGACUUGCUUGUGAAGCGGCCCCCUUGCAGGUGGGGAGCCAGGGACUCGAACUGGGACCCUUAAGCUGGCCCCUGCUCUUUGUGCCAUGUGUGCUUAACCUGCUGCACUACUGCCUGGUUCCCUGUUUAUUUCUACAUACAUUAUUUUUAGCAGCUUUGAAAGGAAGGUAAAUUAUUUCAACUUUGCGUUAAGAUCAAGCCAAGUCAGUUAGAUUAUAGGUAAGGAAAUGGUACUGUCACCUGACUCCAGGUUUUUCUAUUUGCCCUCCUUGGUUCCAGCUUGUAACUUGUUUCCUGUGGUUUAAGCCAGAUGUGAAGAGACAGUAGCCUAUCUCUCAAGACUGCCAAUUAAAAGGAAUACUGAAUGAGCUGUCAUGAUGGCACAGUGUCCCAUAUUUCUCCUCCUUCCAUUCAUUUUAAACCACAGCAUCUUUUUCUCCCAGUUUUUUUUUUUACAAGGCUUUCUUGUUCUCCUUAUUCUGUUACUACUUUUUAAUGUACACAGAACAACUUAACUGUUUUUUUAAAAAAAAGAUUAUUUGUACAUGGGUUACCCCUCAUUUAAAGAAAAUAAUUUUGUAAAAUACUUAAUGAUAUACAUUUUAUUUUUUCUUUUACAUAUAUUUUUUAAAUUCUUGAUUAUGUUUUUAACAGUAAAACAAAAUUCUUACUAAGAAGUGCAGUCAUUAUCACUUAGAAAGGAAAACAAGAAAUUUUCAGAAUUCUGUUUGUCUUUAUUAUAGAACCAAAAUGAAGAGUCUCUUUUCUUUUUAAUCCUAUUGCAUUUUCCUUUAAAAUAACAUAAUUAAGGAUGUAAACUAUUCAUUUAUAUAGCUCAAAUCAUAUAGAAACAUAUGGUAUGUAGUUUUAGAAAAUUUCUCUGGGGAAUGGAUUGGUAGGAGGGUAGCCAGAUUACAGUUGAGCUAAUUGGUUGUGGGACAUUAUCUGCAACUACCUCUAAAUUUUGUGGACCUUGUGUAAACAGUAAAGGCAUGUUACUGCUAGGUGCCAUUUUUAUUUUUUAUUCUCCAGUCAUGUGCUUACUGUGGUGGUGGUCAAUGCCAAAAUCAUGUAUGCUUUAGGCAAAAAUUUACAGUCUCGCUUAUAUCUGCUACAACUGAAUGUAUUACCCUUCUACAACAUCCCAUAAUUAACACAAAAACAAUGGACCCUUAUUUGCAAAGUUUAUACUUUUAGAUCAGU